GCCGCCGCCGCCGCCGCUCCCGGUACGCAAGACGUGGAGGAAAAACCCAAGGCGGCCGUGCUGGACAUUCAGCCAUGAGCACGUCCGGUUCUCUCCUGUGGGCGGUCGAUAUCUUUGGCCGAGUCUACACGCUUUCCACCACCGGCCAGUACUGGGAACUCUGCAGAGAUGGGGAGCUGGAGUUCAAGAGGGUUUCUGCCGUCAAGCAGUGCUGCUGGGGAAUUGCGUGCGACCACCAGGUCUACGUUUACAUCCACUCCAACGACGUCCCCAUCCGGUACCAGGAAGAAACCUACGAGAAUCAGCGCUGGAAUCCUGUGAUUGGCUUCUGCGAGAAGUUAUUGCCCAGUGACCGCUGGCAGUGGAGCGAUGUGAGUGGGCUGAAGCAUCAGAUGCUCGAAAGCUUUGAGUUGCCGUCGCCUCACUGGGAAUGGGAAUCUGACUGGUAUGUGGAUGAAAAUUUUGGAGGGGACCCCACAGAGAAAGGGGGCUGGACAUACGCUAUAGAUUUCCCAGCCACCUAUACCAAAGACAAGAGGUGGAAUUCCUGUGUGCGACGGAGGCGAUGGAUUCGGUACCGGAGAUACAAGUCGCGAGAUACAUGGGCAAAGAUUCCAUCCCAACAGGAUCCCAAACAGUUGCCGGAUCCUUUCAGUGAUCUUUCCGUCGGAGGAUGGGAGAUUACAGACGAGCCAGUGGGAAGGUUGUCAGUCUGGGCUGUGUCUUUGCAAGGAAAGGUCUGGUACAGGGAAGACGUCUGCCAUCACAAUCCGGAAGGUUCUUCGUGGUCUUUAAUUACUACCCCCGGCGAAGCCGUCCAGAUCAGCUGCGGGCCGUACGACCUUCUCUGGGGAACGCUUUGGGAAGGGCAGGCGAUUGUGAGGGAAGGUAUUGACAGGCACAACCCUCAAGGAAGUUCUUGGACGAUUGUGGAGCCUCCGGUCCCAGAGAAUGGAAUCUUACAUGUGUCAGUGGGUGUGAAUGUUGUUUGGGCAGUAACCAAAGACCGAAAAGUCUGGUUCAGAAGAGGUGUGAACUCUCACAAUCCUUGCGGCACCAGCUGGAUCGAGAUGGUUGGCGAGAUGGUGAUGGUAAACGUCGGCUUGAAUGACCAGGUCUGGGGGAUCAGCUGUGAGGACAGAGCCGUUUAUUUCCGUCAAGGCGUCACCCCAAGUGAGCUGAGUGGGAAAACGUGGAAAGCGAUUGUCUGCAGCCGAGAUAGUGACCGAUCGCAGACUGGCAGCUCAACAAGUCUCCACAGUGCUGGCUGUUUCUUCACGGAUGACAUCAAGGAACAAACCAGCUCCAUAUUCCGAAGUGAUGGAGACCUCCCGUCCGAUAUCGAAGCACCUCUGGUUCUGGAAAACGUUUGCCUGCCUGGGUGUGCGGCAGGUGACAACAGGCCCCAACAGGCACCGGAAUCGGACGCAGGCCCGGCUGUGAAUCUUGUCCCAUCCCCUCUUGACGAAGCCAGCCCUGCGGCAGAUAAAGGGCCCGCGGAUGUCCCAGAAGCACCUGCCUUGGGUCCAGAUUCUCUACCCGCUGAAUUGCAGUGGACAAACAUUGACCUGAAGGAGGCCAAGAAGCCAGCUGCGGCCUCUGCAAGCGCCUCGGCUGAGGCAUCCAGCCUGUCCUCUUUUGGCACAUUAUCUGUCGGCAUAGAGGAUCAUUUGGAGGCUGACGAACAUCCGUUGUGGGCCUGGGUCUGUGGCGGAGGCUGCUUUGUGGAUUCACACAGCUCCCUCAAGUGGUUCACAGUGCAGUCAGCCUUAUCCUCUUCCGGGCAGUCCCUCUCUCUCUCCAUCACCCCAGCACAGACUGCCGUGUGGCGGAAGCAGAUCUUCCAGCAGCUCACAGAAAGGACUCGGCGGGAGGUGGAGAACUUUCGACACUACGAACAGGCUGUCGAGCAGUCUGUUUGGGUCAAAACUGGAACCUUGCAAUGGUGGAGAAACUGGAAGCCUUACAGGUGGGUUGAUGUGCGGGUGGCCCUCGAGCAGUUCACCGGGAACGAUGGCACACGGGACAGCAUCCUCUUCAUCUAUUACAUGCACUACGAGGAGAAGAAGUACAUCCACGUGUUCCUCAAUGAAGUCACCAUCCUGGUUGAGAUCCUGAACGAGGCCAAACAUUCCUUCGCUCUGUAUACGCCGGAAAAAACCAAGCAGCGCUGGCCCAUCCGACUAGCGGCUGCCACCGAACAGGAGAUGCACGACUGGCUGGCUCUCCUGAGCAUGUCCUGCUGCGAAAGCCGGCAGAUCCAGGGCCCCCCCUCCCAUCAGGCCAUCUGGUCCGUGACCUGCAAAGGGGACAUCUUCGCCAGUGAGCCGAGUCCUGACAUGGAGGCAGCGACACACCCAACACCAUGUGACCAAAUGUUCUGGCGCCAGAUAGGUGGACAUCUCCGAAUGAUUGAAUGCAACAGCCGCGGCAUAGUCUGGGGCGUGGGGUACGACCACACCGCCUGGGUUUACACCGGUGGAUAUGGAGGAAGUUUCUUCUCAGGUCUAGCGAGCAGCGCAGAUAACAUUUACUCGCAGUCAGAUGUGAAGUGUGUCUACAUUUACGAGAAUCAACGGUGGAAUCCUGUCACUGGAUACAGCAGCAGGGGCCUCCCCACGGAUCGGUAUAUGUGGAGCGAUGCAUCCGGCUUGCAGGAGUGUACGAAGACCAACACCAAGCCUCCGUCGCCACAAUGGUCUUGGGUUUCUGACUGGUACAUCGAUUUUAGCAUUUCGGGUGGCACUGACCGGGAAGGGUGGCAAUACGCAGCUGACUUUCCAGCGUCUUAUCACGGGCACAAGACAAUGAAGGACUUUGUGCGGCGAAGGCGUUGGGCCAGGAAAUGCAGAUACGUCACCAGUGGUCCUUGGCUGGAAGUCCCCCCCAUAGCCCUGUGGGACGUUUCCAUCAUUCCUGAAUCUCUGGCUGCUGAGGACGAGUUUGUGGCUCUUUGGGCUAUCAGCGACAAGGGAGAUGUGCUUUGCCGACUAUGCAUCACGCCCCAAAACCCAGCUGGAACAUCCUGGCUCCACGUGGGAACAGAUCAGCCCUUCGUUUCGGUUUCCAUCGGAGCAUUUCACCAGGUCUGGGCCGUGGCCCGCGAUGGCUCCAUCUUCUAUCGCGGUUCAGUAUCGCCGAAGAAACCUGAAGGUGACUGCUGGUACCAUAUUCCUUCUCCUCCAAAGCAGAAGAUAAAGCAAGUCUCUGUUGGACGAACCUCUGUCUUUGUUGUGGAUAAAAAUGGUAAUCUGUGGUAUCGCCAGGGCAUCUCACCAAGCUACCCUGAGGGCUCCAGCUGGGACCACAUUUCAAACAACGUCCGCAAAGUGUCCGUUGGGCCUUUGGACCAGGUCUGGGUGAUAGCUGACAAAGUACAAGGGAGCCAUAGCUUGAGCUGUGGAACGGUCUGUCAUCGGACGGGAGUCCAGCCAAUGGAGCCGAAAGGCCAUUCCUGGGACUACGGCAUUGGGGGAGGAUGGGAACACAUCACAGUGAGAGCCAACGCCGUGGAGAGCACCAAGGCUGUAGCCCAGGAAGCCUCCGCAGGGCAUCCCCCCGAGCCCAAUGAAACCGAAGCUGGAGAGAAUGAAGGAAGAGGAGACCCUCCCCAAAACACUGUCUUGGUGGACACAGCUCAGGGCUUGGACCGGAAUGCUGUGCAAUGUUAAUGCGCUCCAUUGUCUAGAGACGUGGCGUAGCAUUUUGCUUCCACUCCACUCACUCCACGCACCCCCAAUCGGUGUAAAGUCUCAGUGGAUCUGUGCCUGUUUCUGAACACUUUCGUCAUCUCGCCCGGACAGAAGAGGGAGUUGUGUAUUCGUGAAGGCUUGAGGAGUCCAAAUCUUGCCUAGUUCUGUGGUUGGUUGUAGACCUUUUGUCUAUUUCAGUGUGGU